AUGUUUCAUGCACGAAUCCCACAGAAAGUAACUUCCAAAUUAAGGAUCCCUUAUUGUAUUGUCCAGUUUAAUACUAGUAGAUUUAGCAGGUUUGUUUGUUUUCCGGCCAAACGAGCUAUUAGUGUUAUUAUCGUUAUUAAUGUUUAUGAUGCCGAUUUUAGAGACUUUUGGAGUAUUUUAAAUACUAUUUGGCCAUUCUUUGCAUUCAUGUUGAGUGCUGUAGUUGCAUUUGGUUACGCUAUGUACGCGCUUAAUUUUAUUAAUACGAAGAAUGACACAAUAUUACAACCUACUACUUAUCUAAUCGAUGGCACAAAUACAACAAUAACUCAGAUUUUUAAUAAAUCUUCCCGACUUGAUAAUUAUUAUUCAAAUUUCUUCUCGUCAUUAGAAGCUAUUUUCUUUUCGACCAAUGGACGAUGGGAUCAAUUAGACCAAUGGGAUUAUCGUGCUUUACAAAAAAGAAGUAUGGAUUAUAAUUUUUCUCUUAAUUAUAAAGUUGCACAUUUGAUAAAGCAAAUAAAGAAAGUCGUACAGCCGUUAAUUAGAUAUCGUAUUGGACUUGCUGAAUAUGAAGCUUUCGAAAAACAUUUUAGAAUAAAAGGUAACCCUCGAUACAUUUAUUACAUACCAGACCCUGAUAUGAUUGAUACUUGGCUUAAGGAAACCAAAAAGAAGGAAGAACAAAAAUUACAUCUUACGGUUGAAAAUUAG